ACAUAAGUUUGACGAGAAUGGCUAAAAGUAAAUUUGAAUAUGUAAAAGAAUUUGAACGUGACGAUUGUUGUUUGCCAAAUUGUUGGAUUGUGGUUAGAAUAGAUGGAAGAAAUUUUUCGAAGUUUUGCGAUGCGCAUCAAUUCACUAAACCGAACGAUGUAGCUGCAUUGCAAUUAAUGAAUCGCGCGGCUAUUACAGUUAUGGAAGAUUUCAAAGAAAUUAUUCUAGGUUUUGGUCAAAGCGAUGAAUAUUCUUUCGUCUUUCGAAAAGACACUCAACUUUAUAAAAGGAGAGCUUCAAAGUUAAUGUCAAAUGUAAAUUCUUUAUUUGCAUCAUCUUAUGUUUACCAUUGGCCUCGUUUCUUCCAAGGCAAAGAGCUGUAUUAUCCACCUUCCUUUGAUGCUCGUGUUGUAUUAUAUCCAACAGAUAAAAAUUUAAGGGAUUAUUUAGCAUGGCGGCAAGCAGAUGUCCAUGUAAACAAUUUAUAUAAUACUUGUUUUUGGAAUCUUAUAUUGAAUGGGAAACUGACUCCAUCUCAGGCAGAAGAAAAGCUUAGGGGUACAUUGGCAUCUCAUAAAAACGAAUUACUUUUUCAAGAAUUUGGUAUAAAUUAUAACAAUGAACCUGCACUUUUUCGAAAAGGCACUACACUUAUAAGAAAAUUAGUAUCUGAUGGAACAGGCAGGUUAAAACCAGCAGUAGUUCCAAUGGUAGAUGAUAUCAUUGCAGACCGUUUUUGGAAAGAAAAUCCAGAAGUAAUUGGAUUAAAAAGUUUAGCAACUUAUCAACCUCUAAAUCUAGUUAAUAAUGUUACUGCAAAUCCAAUGAGAACAACAAAACCACCAUCACCAACUGCUAACUUAAAACAUAUUAAUAAUACGCCACCAGCUCCAGUUGCUAAUGUGAAUUCUAUGAAUGAAGAAGUACAUCCAGCAAGGAGUCGAGAAUCAGAUGGAGAAAGAAUGCAGUGUGAAAAUGAACGAAUUUGUAGAAGAUAA